CAUUUAAGAGCUCCGCUGUGGCUGAGGGCGACGUGAGCACAACGCGCCGCAGACUGGACAGACGAGGUUGCGGGGCGAAAUGAUGUAGUAGUUGUGUGUGCCGACGAGCGACAACCGAGAAGGGGCCGGGCGCCGCAUGUUCUUCUAAAUGGGAAAUCUGUUGGGCAGCUGGCGUUUCAAGGAGCCGAGCACCGUGGAGGAAUGCGACUCGACGUGGGGGUCGGACUCCGAGAGCGACGAGCCGGCGGCCGAGGACGACAGCGGCAUCGCCGACUCCGUCAGCCCGGCGGAGGGCGAGCGGGCCCCCGGGGCCCCCGGGGCCCCCGGAGACGCGUCCCCGCAGCUGACUGACUCCCCGGAGUCUCUUCCGAAAAUGAAGAGGAGUUUCUACGCUGCCAGGGACCUCUACAAAUACCGCCACAGCUACCCGAACUUCAAAAGAUCCCGGCAACCCAAUGAGUACCGUAACCUGCGCUUCUACCUGAACAAGAUCCCUCUAGUACCUGAUGGUAUCUACAUAGAGGAGAUUCUGUCAAAGUGGAGAGGUGACUAUGACAAUCUGGAGCACAAUCACACCUACAUUCAGUGGCUGUUCCCAUUAAGAGAACAAGGGCUCAACUUCUACGCACAUGAACUGACUCAGGACGAGAUCAAAGAAUUCCAAAGCACUCGAGAAGCUAAGCGGAGAUUCCUGGGAGCCUAUUCCCUGAUGUUGGACUUCUAUGGCAUCAAACUGCUGGAUAAGAGCGGAAAUGUUGCCCGGGCUUCCAACUGGCAGGAGCGCUUCCAGCACCUUAAUGAGUCCCAGCACAACUACCUGCGGAUCACUCGCAUCCUGAAGUCCCUGGGCGAACUGGGCUAUGAGGCCUUCAAGGCCCCACUGGUUCACCUCUUCCUGCAGGAGUCGCUGUGCCACAACACCCUUCCAAACAUGCAGCACAGCGUCCUGGAAUACUACGUCUACACCAUCCGCCUCCCGGCCACCCGCAGGCGCCUCCUUCGCUACGCCCGCCAGCACUACAGGCCAGCCCAUGCCUUUCUCUGGGGUCCGCCACCCAAAAGGCGAGGUGGGGGUGUUGGUGCAGGAGGAAGUGUGGCUGCUGGAAGUAGUGGGAUCAGAGCACCUGCUCCGACGCCAGAGCAACAGAGGAAAGAGGAAGAGAGCACCACCCCCACCUCACCAAGAAGCGGGAUUAUUGUGUCUUCCCAUGAUGCCGUGAUGUGCCAGGUCCUGGCUGGAGGAGGACCGAAGGGCUACGCGGGACUCGGUUCCAACAUGGCCAGACUGGAGGGAGCGCUGAUGCUGGCGGGAGCAAGAGGAGGGAGGAACGAGUACAGUGAAGAAUAAAUUCCUUAGUAGGUAAUAGGAAUAGCUGUGAUUGUUUUUAAAGCGGAAAAAUAGCUGUUUUUAAAAUCAACCAAUUCAUUGUAAAGAACGAAGAAGAAUCUUAUUCAUAUCAUAUAGGACUCUGAUAGCCAAGUACAUUAAUAGUUAUAUCUUGGAAUCUAAUAAAUGUGUCGUUAGAAUCAAUUCAGGUUAAGGGCUACCAUAAACUAUGAUAGUGCUUCAUUGCAGAUUAUUCAGUUAUAACUAUAUUAGGGAUAAUGAAGUGGGACAGGGGUGUUGAGGAGGUGGGAGGUCUUUUCCUGAGCCGAGCUACACAACCUUGCCUUGGACCAAAUCCCAAAACCAUCUGAACAAUGAGGGAUCCAAGGCAAAAGUUCAUUAGGACCACGAACAUGAAACAGGUCAGGAAGAAGAUUGCCUUAUUCAGUGUUGUGUUUUUUUCGAACUGGGGCAGGUAUGAAAUGUGGAUCCUGAUUCAAGAGCACUACACAACCAAAGGUACCUGCUGACUGGCAUGUUGGUCAUAUGAUGGUUUUGGGAAACAGUCCGGCCGACUUAUCACACUGGAGAUCCACCGAGCCGCAAGCUGGACUGAGCUCACUUUGUACAGGUGCUGUAAAAUGAAAAUUAUAAUGUAAAGUAGUUGAUCAGGAAGAAGAUUUUGUCCUCUUUUUUUUUUUAAGCCUUACAUUCGGAAGUGACAGGAGAGGAGACGACUGGCUGAAAAGGGCAGGGCGGGUUAUAGUUUGUCACAGCAAUACCAGGAAACCAUAUCUUUUUUAGAUUGACUUGAAAUUCUUGUAAUAAUAGGGACAACUCAAUAUUUAUUUGUUCUGCAGGUUUACUGUCUACAAGUUGACGGUAGCUUCUCCCUCUGAAAAUUGUAAAGAAUUAUUGAGAACUGUAGAAUAAAUUUAGAUUUGUUGUUGAUUCUGAUAUCUAUAGCAAGCAGUAAAGAGCAGAGCGGCUUUUUAGUGACAUCAAACAUUUCCUGUAAACUUUGACUCGCACCAUGGAGGUUGACUUGAACAGUGACAAGACGCACAAUGAUGGCAAAUUGGAUCAGGUCCACAGAAACUCCUCUUUGUAUAUUGCGAUCAAGUUCAACGUCACCAUGAACUGCAGCUUCCGAAAGUGAUUUAACACAUUGUCCGCAAAAUCUAAACAUUGUAACUGUUGCCAGUUGUAUUGGACUGAAAUUGCUCUAUCUAGGUGGACCUAAUGAACUGGAAAGUGAGUGUAGCAGCCAACAACAGGAAAUGGGGCAGUGUAAUUUAUGUUUCAUAAUGAAAGUUAACAGUAGUCAUCUACACAAAUAUGAUCAUAUUAACCUUUCAGAUAGUUAACUUGCUAGGUAGUGGUGGUUGGCAAUACAUUGGCUCGCACCAAUGACGCGUCAUUAGCUAGCUAGCGUUAGCAGCGGUGGUUAGCCGAUCACAAGUUUAAGGCUGCCGUUAUAAAAAGUUCAAGUUUUUAAUAAAUUCUAACUAUCAUGUGAUGAUUUUUAGUUAAAUAUGGAAUUGAUACUCCUUGCCUUCUCCUGUGCUUCACUUGAGUAACAAGCUAAUGUAAAACUUCAGAUUUAUUGUCUCAGUAAUAUACAUUACACAAUACAGCCUCACCUUUAUCAACAUAAUUUUCAUGCAAUGUUGUUGAAUCCAAAAAUGCUUCUGGACGUUCUCUCCCAGAAGGAGUUUGUGUCAUGAUAAUUAUCUGUUCAGCGUGGCUCACUGUUCUCCCUCCAUUUUGUAUUAGCAACGACAGAAACAAGUCUAGGAUAGGCUGAAAGGGGACGCAAUCCGAUGCAAUAUAUGAAUGCUUUUUGCUGCAAGGCAUGACCUUUUGCACUUAGCUUUAGGUAAUUAAUUAGGUGGUAACACUUGAGCUGAAAUUUCAAAAUUAAAAAGUGACAGCCCUACUUCGGUUUGAUGGCUAACAUGCAGAAAUUUUUGACAAAAACAUCCAUGAUAUUUUGGGGUGUUGUGUCACCAAAAAGUCUUUUCCCCUUAAUUGAACAAGGGGAUUGGAUGUGGACUGUGAGUGAAAUUAGUGUAUCAGAACAGGUGAUGUUGUGUAUUGCACUCUUUUGACAAUCUGUGUCUUCCGAACUGAUAGUGAUGGAGGUUUCUGCAAAUUGUUGAUCUACACACUGUAUAUAAUCUACGAAUUGUCAGGAACCUGCUGCAUCAUGAACGUGAUUGUUCUUACAAUGUGUAAUAUUGCAAUAAUUUGGCGAAAAGAUAUGUAGCUUAAACGUGACCGCCCAUAGUAUACAUGUUCAAUCAGGCUACACGUAUAUGGUGGUAGGUGGCGGUCAUUUUUUUUGUUAGAUAUUCAGUAUAUUCAAAUGUGUACAUUCAGAUGUCGAAACAUACCCCACGAGAAUACUAUAGGUGUGUAAUCUGACGAGGGCCCAGAAGCCAUUAGUAUGUAGACUGUUAUUCAAUCAGAAAUUUCCUCCGUGAUAUCAUCACCCUCGUCAUAUCAGAAGUUAACAGCUUCACCUUGCUUGAGUUUUUUUUUCUCAAUUAAAGGACAAUAUUAGGCUGAAGCUGAAGCAAUUUAAAUUCCAGGCACCAUUUCAAAAACAAGACAACUGAAUACCUGGUUGCAAUAGAUAGAUCUGUGAAAUGAAAAGCCAUGUGGAAGACAGUGUUGAUGCAUAUGAUCAAGAUUUAAACACUUUUUCUUGACGUUUUCUGCUGUUCUUCCUGUAGGAUAAGACCUUGUUUUUCAAGGUCUCUACACCGCUCCCUUAGCCAAGUGUAUCUGAUAUAAUUGUACAAAAAACAAAACUUUUCAGGUCAAUUAAGUGAUAACAUGGGCUCAAAUAUCUGAAUUUUUAGUAUGUUGUACAUGUACAUAUAUAUGUGUGUGCGUGUGUAUCUGAUAUUCUUAAGUGCCUCUUUUGUAUUUUUUAUGUUUAUCUGUAUGUUGUAAGGAGUGUCUUUCCCAGAUCAUUUCCUGUACAUCCUGUUUUUUUGUACAGCAUUUUGAUAUUUACAUUAUUCUUUUCAUUAUAGUGAUAUGCAGUAUGAGUAGUUUAAAUGUACAGUAAGAGCAGGAAUUAGAAAGUUAGUAAUACAUAAUACUUGAAAUUGUUUGUAUCUGGCUUAUUAAUUGAAAUGUGAUUGUUCCAUAGAUGACUAUUCACAUUGCUUGAUGAACACGCCAUUUUUUCCCCGCGUUUUUCAGAAUUAACGGGCCACAAUAAUUAAUUGCCCUACAAUGUGAAUCUGUUAACUCAACUAACACUUUGGAUGUGGAAUAAAGAUUUUGUCAAACUGGA